AUGGAGACAGAUGGGGACCAAAACCAGGGCUCUACCAAUGGAACCACUCCAUCAGGGGUGAACUCCCGCCCCUCUCAAAUGAACUCCAUGUCCCUGUACGAGAGACAGGCUGUGCAGGUCAGUACGUGUGGGUGUGCUUGCAUAUGAAUGGGGAUAUUAUGCAUAGCCUAUGCCUUUUUCUGAGAUAUUGUACUCAGUGUCACACAGGAUCAUCUGUAAUCCUUGUCUGUAGCAUAGUUAUCUCAUUUUCACUAUGUAAGCGCUCGUAUAUCAACCUGCAGGCUAUUGACAGUGCAAUUUCAUUACUCCCUCUCCCUGUUUUCUAUCUUGUGUAAAUGAAGGCCCUUCAGGCGCUGCAGAGGCAGCCCAAUGCAGCGCAGUACUUCCAGCAGCUGAUGCUGCAGCAACAGAUCAACAGUGCCCAGCUACAAAACCUGGCUGCAGUACAACAGGUAAAGAACCAUCUUUAUGAACCGCCCUUACCAAUAAUGCAUGCUCAGAAUAGGGGACAUGGGUGCUGUUUUGACAUUGUCAGGUUAUGAUUGGUUUGCUAUUUUAAAAGGCAGAAUGUUUAGGCUAUAGGGUGGCAGUACAAUAUGUUGAAACAUCAUCAUGAGGUUUGGUAAAUAGUCUGUUUUUUUCAGCUCUAAACUAUGGCAAUGGCUUUUGGCAUUAUUCCUUGUUGUCCCUGUUUUAGGCCACCCUUGCUGCCAGUCGCCAGUCCAGCCCUCCCACCAACAGCACCUCUCAGACCACCAGCACAACAGUCACAUCUGUACGUUGACACAUACAUGCCUCUUUCAGAACUAGCACAGCCUACAAUCAUUGACACAAAUACAGCUUCAAAUAGGGAACUCCAGUGAUAUUUGAUAAUUUUCAGUUUGAACACCUGUGACAUUUUAUAUAUUUGAGUUACUGGCACUUGCAUUGUUUCAUUUUCUCCGAAAUAGUCAAUACAGUUUGCUUUGGUUGUUUUCAAAUACACUUUAUUUAUUUCCUCUUCAGGUGAAUGUAACCACUUCUGGGGGAGGGGCCAUAACCAGCACCCGCACUAUAGGCCCAGGCUCUUCCGCGACAUCCACCAUAAGCCAAUCAGUGCUGCUGGGUGGAAGUGCAGCAGGACAGGGACAGAUGUAUCUGAGAGUGAGAACACAUGCACCAUUGCCUGAUUCACACUAUAAGGCCGACCCGAACAAAACCUUGCUGGCUCAGAUAUUUUCAGCACAGUUUCAAUUCCACUUCAGUGGAUUCAUAACCAGGUCAGCACAGUACAGCUUAGCUUGGUGUGGUUCGGGCUUGGCUAAGGAGUGUCGGUAUUGUAUCUGCUUUUGUCAUUUGCCUCCAUGAAAGGACUGUUGACAGUCUCUUUUGUUGUACUAUAGGUGAACCGGUCUCUGAGGGCUCCCCUCUCCUCACAGCUCAUCUUUAUGCCUGGUAGCACGGCAACCACUGCCAUGGCAACAGUCACCCAGCAGCCACAACAGGAAGUUACACCUACUUCCUCCAGGAACCAAUCAGACAAUGACCAGGUAUGGAUCAACUUUGUAUUUGUGACUGAGAGCAUUGGAGUGAGUCCUGCUUUAGUGAUGUAAUCUAGAAUAGCUUCGUCCAGAUCUGUUGGUGUUGUUUUGCCAGUUCCUGUGGUCAUUACAGCACAAACAGAUCUGGGACCAGUCAAAAUCUAGAAUAUUUGCAGUAAAACUACAGUAUUGUACUCUUAAAUUGGUGAAACUCUUGCUUGUACUUCUCUCGCGCCCCUCUCUCUGGCCUCUUCUUUCUGUCAAUCCUCAUACACCCAUCUCCCCCUUUUUCUCUGGGCCAGGUGCAGAACCUGGCUUUGCGAUGUGUCUCCAGUCCCAAGGGGGUCGGGGUCAAGACUGAAACCCCAGAGAGAGGUGAAACAGGUGGGGAGUGAAUUCGCAGCAUACAGUGCAUUCGGAAAGUAUUCAGACCCCUUGACUUUUUCCAUAUUUUGUUACGUUACAGCCUUAUUCUAAAAUUGAUUAAAUUGUUUUUUUUCCCUCAUCAAUCUACACACAAUACCCCAUAAGGUCAAAGCAAAAACAGGUUUUUAGCAUUUUUUGCAAAUGUAUUAAACAUAAAAAACUGAAAUAUCAUAUUUACAUAAGUAUUCAGACCCUUUAUUCAGUACUUUGUUGAAGCACCUUUGGCAGCGAUUACAGCCUUGAGUCUUCUUGGGUAUGACGCUACAAGCUUGGCACACCUAUAUUUGGGGAGUUUCUCCCAUUCUUCUUUGCAGAUACUCUCAAGCUCUGUCAGGUUGGAUGGGGAGCGUUGCUGCACAGCUAUUUUCAGGUCUCUCCAGAGAUGUUCGUUCGGGUUCAUGUCCAGGCUCUGGCUGGGCCACUCAAGGACAUUCAGAAACUUGUCCCGAAGCCACUCCUGCGUUGUCUUGGCCAUGGCUGUGUGCUUAGGGUCGUUGUCCUGUUGGAAGGUGAACCUUCACCCCAGUCUGAGGUCCUGAACACUCUGGAGCAGGUGUUCAUCAAGGAUCUCUCUGUACUUUGCUCCAUUCAUCUUUCCAUUGAGCCUGACUAGUCUGCCAGUCCCUGCCCCUGAAAAACAUCCCCACAGCAAGAUGCUGCCACCAACAUGCUUCACCGUAGGGAAGGUGCCAGGUUUCCUCCAGACAUGAUGCUUGGCAUGCAGGCCAAAGACUUCAAUCUUGGUUUCAUCAGACCAGAGAAUCUUGUUUCUCAUGGUCUGAGAGUCUUUAGGUGCCUUUUGGCAAACUCCAAGCGGGCUGUCAUGUGCCUUUUACUGAGGAAUGGCUUCCGUCUGGCCACUCUACCAUAAAGGCCUGAUUGAUGGAGUGCUGCAGAGAUGGUUGUCCUUCUGGAAGGUUCUCCAUUCUCCACAGAGGAACUCUGGAGCUCUCUCAGAGUGACAAUCAGGUUCUUGGUCACCUCCCUGACCAAGGCCCAUCUCCCCCGAUUGCUCAGUUUGGCCGGGCGGCCAGCUCUAGGAGGAGUCUUGGUGGUUCCAAACUUCUUUCAUUUAAGACUGAUGGAGGCCACUGUGUUUUUGGGGACCUUCAAUGCUGCAGACAUUUUUUGGUACCCUUCCCCAGAUCUGUGUCUCGACACAAACCUGUCUCGGAGCUCUACGGACAACUCCUUUGACCUCAUGGCUUGGUUUUUGCUCUGACAUGCACUGUCAACUGUGGGACCUUAUAUAGACAAGUGUGUGCCUUUCCAAAUAAUGUCCAUUCAAUUGAAUUUACCACAUGUGGACACCAAUCAAGUUGUAGAAACAUCUCAAGGAUGAUCAAUGGAAACAGGAUGCACCUGAGCUCAAUUUCUAAUCUCAUAGCAAAGGGUCUGAAUACCUAUGUAAAUAAGGUAUUUCCGUUUUUUAUUUGUAUUAAAUGUGCAAUUUCUUUUUUUUAAACUGUUUUUCUUUGUCAUUAUGGGGCAUUGUGUGUAGAUUGAUGAGGAAAAAAAUCAAUUUAAUCAAUUUUAAAAUAAGGCUGUAACGUAACAAAAUGUGGAAAAAGUCAUGGUGUCUGAAUAUUUUCCGAAGGCACUGUACUUAGCCUUACAUACUUAUCAUACUUACUUACCUGUUGGUUAUUCAUUUCCUUCCUCAUUCUUGUCCAGCGACCUACUCCCUUAUCCAGUCAUCUCACCAGCAGUUCAACCAGUCCACUCCGCAGUCUCCCACUAAACCAACCCAACAGCAACAGUCCCACAUCAAGAUCCCCACCUACAUCCAGAGCUCCAACGCCAACCUGUCCUCUCUCAACCUCAAGACGGGCAACCACCACUCCAACACCCCCUCCUCACCCUCCACCUCUGUCCCACUCUCACAGCUCCUCCUUUCCGGACCCAACUUUGGCCGGGGCGGGGCUAUCACCACGGUAAACUCCGCUUCCACGGCAACGCACAUUCUGGUGCCCACCUCCAGUGCACCCACCCAGUCCCACAGUUACCAAGUUGGUGCUGCCACCAUCAAGCCCAAUGUUAGUACUCAAACGCUGGUGGUUCAGCCUCUGCAGAAAAGCACUAUUAAUGACAAAGGAGGCAAUGGGAACGGUCCCAUUCCAAUCCAGCCGAAAACUCAACAGGGUCUCCGUUUGCCCCUGCAACUGCCCUCCCGCAACCCGCCUCCCAUCCUCCCCGCUCCCCCUGCCAACAAGCAGACUAGUGCCGCCCAGCCUCCGCCGCACAUCCCAGUCCAGAUAGUAGGGGCCAGGCCGAGCUCCAUAGGAAACCCCCAGGCUUUGGCCUUGGUCCAGGCCCGGAACGCCUGUUCCCAGGACGGCGCUACCCUUCUAAAUAGCUCCAGCAGCGCCAGCCUCCUCACCAUGGUGUCCUCCAUCGCAUCCAGAGAGGGAGGGGGUAUAGGCCGAGGGGCAGGUCUAAAGAGCCUUCAAUCAGCCCAGGAAGCCCUCUCAUUGGCCCACAUUUCUCACGUGCAAGCGCAAGCCAAUCAGAGCCCUGGGCUGGAUCAAAAUCAAAAUUGCACCUUGGCCACCAGCAUCUCCUCUCAGUCCCAGGCCGCCAUCUCUCCUCCCACCCUCUCCCGUUCCUCCAUCACUCUACCCCUGCCGUUGGUUGAGGCAAGCAAUGCAUCCACUGUAGUGGCUGCCAAUGGAGAGUCUGUGUGUCCUCAGCCUCCCCAGGUGAGGUAGCACUGAUAGCACUGAUGACACUACAAAUUACAGAUUUUUCUAAACUACGUAGUAGUUGUUGAGUCCAUUUGUGAAAUAAUGACAUUCCUCUCAGGGUAAGGCGAUGAAGAGGAAAUCCGAGUCAGACGCAGCCAAUGAGGAAGAUGGUCCCCCUCCUCCCCACCUUGUUCCAAUAAGUGAACACUCCCCUGUUCUCUCCUCCUCCGCCAUGGAAGCAGGUAAGGAGUCAGCUACGAAUGUGCCCACUUGUCUUAAAUACUUAGCCUUUCUCAUUCCUCUCUUUUACGACCACUGGAAGGAUAAGAGUGCAGGGAGACAAUUUUCCACCAUAGCCCAGCCACCAACAUGUCAAAUCCCCUUUGAUCAAUACCUAUACAUGAUUCCAAAAACCUCACGUUUGCAUAGAUUUAGACACUGUGGCCAGGCAGACUUGCUCAAAUUGUUCCAAAAUAUAUGAUAAAAUCAUUUCUCUGCCCUCACCCUUCUUUUCUCAAGGCCCUUGUCCACCUUCUCCCUCCCCCUCUCCCUCUCCUUCCCCUGCCCUCUCGGUGCCCCGUAUGGGGGGUGGCCAGGGGGAGAGAGCCCCCCCUCCACAGGCUGUGGUCAAACCCCACGUCCUCACCCACCUCAUAGAGGGCUUCGUCAUCCAGGAGGGAGCUGAACCCUUCCCUGUAUGUACAGUAUUCACCUUAGGCUUUGUCAUUUUUAGAGUAGUUGUAGUUCUCAUAUACAAUACAACGUCCAUUCAUACCCUUUGGGGAUAUACAGUGCAUUCGGAAAGUAUUCAGACCCCUUGACUUUUUCCACAUUUUGUUACGUUACAGCCUUAUUCUAAAAUGGAUGAAAUAAAAAAAUGUCCUCAUCAAUCUACACACAAUACCCCAUAACGACAAAGCGAAAACAGGUUUUUAGAUUUUUUUUUUGCAAAUGUAUAAAUAAUUAAAAACAGAUAUCUUAUUUACAUAAACAUUCAGACCCUUUGCUAUGAGACUCGAAACUGAGCUCAGGUGCAUCCUGUUUCCAUUGAUCAUUGAGAGACCUGAAAAUAGCUGUGCAGCGACGCUCCCCAUCCAAUUUGACAGAGCUUGAGAGUAUCUGCAGAGAAGAAUGGGAGAAACUCCCCAAAUACAGGUGUGCCAAGCUUAUAGCGUCAUACCCAAGAAGACUUAAGGCUAUAAUCGCUGCCAAAGGUGCUUCAACAAAGUACUGAGUAAAGGGUCUGAAUAAUUAUGUAAAUGUGAUAUUUCAGUAUUUUUUUUUAAAUAAUGGGGUAUUGUGUGUAGAUUGCUGAGAAAAAAAAGACUGUAACGUAACAAAAUGUGGAAAAAUUCAAGAAGUCUGAAUACUUUCUGAAUGCACUGUAUAACAUCUGAUGUAAAUAAUGACAUGUACUUUAGAUCAAAACAAUAUUAUCAAUAAUUCCCUUUAAUCAGUAAUGUUGUACACAACACAUUUUGUUCCUGUAUUUUGAUUGACAGGUGAGUGGGCCAGUGAAAGAGCCAGCUGGAGAAGAUUUGGCCAUGGACAAUCCAGAUGCCAGUCAGCCUGAGACUGUGAAUACAGCUACAGGUUAAGCUCAGACCAUAGUCUAAGUCACGUUUCCAUCAAAGCCACUGGUUUGACUACAAACUGUAAUUCAUAUAGUUCUUUAAACCCCCCUUUUUCUGUUCUCUCUUCCCAGUCCUGAAGUGUGAGUACUGCAAAAGCUUUGCCCCAGCCAGACAGUUUAGAGGGACCAAGCGCUUCUGCUCCUUGACCUGUUCCAAGAGGUAUAGUCGUAUAAUAGUACAAAGUCACUACAGUAUACUGUAUGUCUACUAUACUGAACAAAAAUAUCAACGCAACAUGUAAAGUGUUGGUCCCAUAUUUCAUGAGCUGAAAUAAAAGAUCCCAGAAAUGUUCCAUACGCACAAAAAGCUUAUUUCUCUCAAAUUUUGUGCACACAUUUGUUUACAUCCCUGUUAGUGAGCAUUUUUCCUUUGCCAAGAUAAUCCAUCCACCUGACACGUGUGGCAUAUCAAGAAGCAGAUUAAACAGCAUGAUAAUUACACAGGUGCACCUUGUGCUGGGAACAAUAAAUGGCCACUCUUAAAUGUGGAGUUUUGUCACACACCACAAUGCCACAGAUGUCAACAUUUUAAGGGAGCGGCGCAAUUGGCAUGCUGACUGUAGGAAUGUCCACCAGAGCUGUUGCCAGAUACUUUAAUGUUAAUUUCUUUACCAUAAGCCGCCUCCAACGUCGUUUUAGAGAAUUUGGCAGUACGUCCAACCGGCCUCACAACCGCAGACCACGUGUAACGACGCCAGCCCAGGACCUCCACAUCCGGCUUCUACACUUGCGGGAUCAUCUUAGACCAGUCUCCCGGACAGCUGAUGAAACGGAGGAGUAUUUCUGUCUGUAAAAAUGCCCUUUUGUGGGGAAAAACUCAUUCUGAUUGGCUGAGCCUGGCUCCCAAGUGGGUGGGCCUAUGCCCUUUCAGGCCCACCCCACCCAUGGCUGCGCCCCUGCCCAUUCAUGUGAAAUCCAUAGAUUAGGGCCUAAUUAAAGUAUUCCAAUUGAUUGAUUUCCUUAUAUGAAGUGUAACUCACUAAAAUUGUUGCAUGUUGCAUUUAUAUUUUUGUUCAGUAUAUAUGUCAGUAUACACUGAGUGUACAAAACAUUAGGAACACAUUCCUAAUAUUGAGUUGCACCCCCUUUUGCCCUCAGAACAGCCUCAAUUCGCCGGGGCAUGGACUCUACAAGGUGUCGAAAGUGUUCCACAGGGAUGCUGGCCCGUGUUGACUCCAAUGCUUCCCACAGUUGUGUCAAGUUGGCUGGAUGUCCUUUGGGUGGUGGACCAUUCUUGAUACACACAGGAAAGUGUUGAGCGUGAGAAACCCAGCAGCGUUGCAGUUCUUGACACUCAAACCGGUGCGCCUAGCACCUACUACCAUACCCCGUUCAAAGGCACUUGAAUCUUUUGUCUUGCCCAUUCACCCUAUGAAUGGCACACAUACACAAUUCGUGUCUCAGUUGUCUCAAGGCUUUUUUUUUUUUUUUUUUACUUGUCUCCUCCCCUUCAUCUACACUGAUUGAAGUAGAUUUAACAAGUGACCUCAAUAAGGGAUCAUAGCCUUCACCUGGAUUCACCUGGUCAGUCUGUGGAAAGAGCAGGUGUUCUUAAUGAUUUGUACACUCAGUGUAUGUCUACUAUGUCUCCAUGUUGCUCCAGGUAUAACGUGAGCUGCAGCCAGCACUUCCGCCUGCGACAGGGGGUUCACCUCUCCCACUCUGACGAGGACGGAGUCCUGAGGAGGAGGGUUCCCCACAGGACCAGCUCUGAGAUCGCCAGUGCCAAAAUAGCCGGGAGACCCUUACCAGUCAAGGUAAUGGUCAGUUCAUCAUUGAUAGUUGUACACUUGUUUUUGAGCUGGCAUGGAUGACUGAAGAGCAAUGUACCCUCUAAUCUUUUCCGGCACUGAGUAAUUUUUAGGUCUGCUGAGCGCAAACUUGAACGUAGUGAUUUUCUUUGCAUAUUCCUGCACGCGUUUACUGUGAAAACUGAGGCUAUAACCACUUUAAGUUACAGUUUUAAUAGAGGCCAUGUAGGCUACUGUGGCUAUUUGAUCAUAUUGUAGGCCUACCAGAGUGGCCUACUAUCAAAAACAAUGGAGAAAAUGCAUCCCAUAACAUUGUAACAUGGAAAUAGCUGUUCUAUCAUUCAGCCUAUAGUGUUCAAUGUAGGCUUACAAUCCAUGAGACUUUUCAUAAAAACAUGCAUGACUUGACAUUAACCUGUUUAUCCACUUGUCCUUGAGACAAGGAGGUGACUGAAAAUGCUGUUGUGUUGUUUGAUGCAAGAAACCACUUUACAAAAUAAAAUGCAUUAUUAUUAUCAUACCAUUAUUACAGAGAAUCAGACGAAUUAUGCUACCCUCUGCCUAUUGGCUACUUAGCUUAUUCAAGCCUGUCUCAAAAUACAACACUGCCCAAAAGCUCUUUACCUGACUCGCUUUUCAAAGAUGCCUAGAAAUGUACACAUCCUGUAGUUCAGUUGGUAGAGCAUGGCGCUUGCAACGCCAGGGUUGUGGGUUCGUUUCCCAUGGGGGGCCAGUAUGAAAAAUGUAUGCACUAACUAACUGUAAGUCGCUCUGGAUAAGAGUGUCUGCUAAAUGACUAAAAUGUAAAUGUAAAAUGUGCUCUUGUAGGAAGCAAUCACUCCCCUAUUGCUGACUACAAAUGAUCUAUAACUGGGCUAAUAACUCACUAACUAGCAAAGGAUAUGAACAAAAUGUGCACACGUGGCUACGUGGCAACUCUUGCUUUGAUCUCAAAACAAGCACAUCUACUCAUGACCGCUCAUACUGUAAACACAGUCCAGUUCAAUGUAAAUGGCACAGAUCCAUAUAUGGCAAUGGUCUAUUUGCAUAUAGGCCUACAGCAGCUCUGAUUGUUUAUGCCGCACCGGUCUGUGUAUAGUAUGGGCUGAGUAGUGUGUGUCAAUGCAAUCGAAUCCUACUCAGAUGCGUUCUGCCUACAACAAAAUAUCUUGCAUAGUUUGUUUUGUUUCAGUAUGUUGCAUUGAAAGUGGCUAAUAUUGCGUUGAAUCGAUCACAAUUGCCACAGUAAAGGGAAGCGUUGGUAGUGUUAACAGGGAAAACUCUAGAACAGUGGUCACCAACCUUUUCUAAGUCAAGAUCACUUUCUGAGUCAAAAUGUAAGCAGAGAUCUACCGCUCAGAUUUUUUUUUACAUUACUUAAAAAACGUAAGCCUAUGCAACAUUAGCCAAUUAAAAACAGUACUGUAGCAAUGAGGUUUGUGCAGUAAGCUAUAAGCCCAAUACAUUAUCACCGCAUAUUGGCUUUGCUUGAAUUGCCCUGCCAAUGCGUUGUUGUUCAGGCCAUUUGAGGUAGGCUAUAUGAUCACACCGGUAAUAGAUCAGAUGUUGUAUUAAUUGUGAGGCACAGCUGAGUGAGCAUACAUUUAAAUAAUUUGCUUUUUAUUUUUAUUUUACUGGACUGAUGGUGCCUGCAUCUGAUGAUCAGUCUCAGCGGAGGGAGAGAACAGCAGACUGAGGGUCCGCCUCUCAACAUCCCUCCGCUCUCCCUUUCCUCCACUGACACUGACCAAAAAGGGACACCGUCUUCCAGCUGAUGGCGAAACUCGAGUCGCAUCGCAUUAUUUCUGCUUCAUGCACAAAUUCAUGCUGUUAAGUUAAAUAUUCCUCCAAUUAAUUAAAAAAGACCCAAGCCGCUAAUAAUAACAACAACAAGCCUAUAGAUACACUUUCCUACUCAUUCAUUACUGCUGCAGUGCUUGUUGUAGCGCUGAGUGGAAAUAGGAAGAACGCACAUUUGAUGGCUAAUAAAAGUAUUGUAUACAAAGUCUUGACAAUGCUGAGUAAGAACUUAAACAUGAACUCACUCAUAAAAACAGCAUCUCUUUGCUGUAUUCGUUGACAGUUUCUCUCUAGUCUUGGUUUAAACGUUUUGAAAUCUCACAGUAUCAACUUUGCUGUAGCUUUCGUUGAUGCCUGCUACGUUACUGCAAACACGGUCAUCUGAGCCAUCCGAUUGGCUAGCGGUAGCGAUCGACCGGUUGGUGACCACUGCUCUAGAAAGUUCAAUCUCGUGCUUCUCUCUGUGGGUUGAUAUUUCUGCGAGGCAGUCCCGGGGGAGGUGCAGCUUAGGGGGAACAUUGCUGAAGAGACAUGGCUAUCCAGUGACUACCCUGUUGCAAACUCACCUCUCAUACAGUCCUGGUUCAUUGUCUACAGUGCCGCUCCGAGUCCAGCCGUUCGGACGACGUCUCCAGCUGCGAGGAGGAAGAGGACGACCCCAUGUCCCUCUCCCCGGCCUCCUCCUCUUCCUGCCACCAGCCUCCCCCCACACUCCGAUUGGAGGGCUCGGCGGCACCCCACUUCCUGCCCGGCAGCCCCGCCCAGUGGAGUGUGGAGGAAGUGUCUCAGUUCAUAUCAUCUCUGCAAGGUUGGUACCACAGAGCUGAGCUACAUACUGUAGACAUCAUUGGUUGAUACAGUAAAGAAGGACAUGCCUUGUCAUGCAACAACACCCAAAUGCUACUCUGUGUUGUUGUGACUUUUGAAAUCUUUAAAACAGUUAUCUUACUUGUUUUUUUGUUUUUUAAAUCCCUGUAUUAUUCUAUGAUAAAGAGAGAGCAUGCCAUUGCUAUUAUAUUUUCACCAUUGUAAUGCUAUUAAUGUUAUUGUCUUGCUUACCGUCUCCCGUCUCGCUCUCUCUCUCUCUCGCCCUCUCUUACUCCGAACCUCUCUCUCCGUCUCUCCUCCUCCUCCUUUUCUCUUCUCCCAGGCUGUGAGGAGCUGGCUGCCCAUUUCCUGUCCCAGGAGAUUGACGGACAGGCCCUGCUGCUACUCAGAGAGGAGCAUCUCAUGUCCACCAUGAACAUCAAGCUCGGUCCCGCCCUCAAGAUCUGUGCCCACAUCAACAACCUGAGAGACUGA